UGCAAGAACCUUGCAGUCAUACUGAAAAUGAGUGGUACAUCUGAAAAUACUACGCUAGAAUAUGACACUGACUACGAUAAUGACUACAACACCAUUCCUACAACAAAAACACCUAAUGAAUUUCAAAAUGAAGAUGCCACUAGAAUCCUUACAGUUGUGGUUUAUAGUUUUACAUUUGUGCUUGGCACAUUUGGAAAUGGACUUGUAAUCUGGGUUGCAGGUUUCAAAAUGAAGAGAUCUGUCAACACUGUUUGGUUUCUUUCCUUGGCCAUCACCGAUUUCUUUUUCUCACUGUUUCUCUUUUUUAAUAUUGUAUAUGCUGCAAAUGAUUACAAUUGGAUUUUUGGGAAAAGUAUGUGCAAGAUUAAUAGUUCUUUUUAUAUCUUGAAUAUGCUUUCUAGUGUCUUUAUCCUGACAAUAAUAAGUAUUGAUCGUUGCAUUUCGGUUAUGUUCCCAGUCUGGUCACAAAACCAUCGAAAACCAAAGACUGCAUAUUUUGCCUGUGCUGGAGCUGUGAUGCUUGCAUUUCUUCUUAGUUUGCCGUCAGCUAUUUUCCGUGAUACACUUACAUACAAUGAAAAGACAAUGUGUUAUACCAACUAUCUUUUGCUCAGCAAAACUAAAUUAAAUCACACUGAAGCUAAACAAAUCAGAAGUACCAGGCAACAAGCAGUAACUUUUAUUAUAUUUUUAUUAGGAUUUCUUAUUCCAUUAAUGAUCAUGAUGAUAUGCUAUACAAUUAUUGCCUUUAAAAUUAGUAAAAAUAGACUUUCACAAUCAAAAAAGCCAUUUAUAGUUAUUAUAGCCAUUGUAUUGACAUUUUUUCUUUGUUGGGUUCCAUAUCAUUGUGUCAGUAUUUUGGAAGUGUGGUACUAUCAUUUUUCUGUAAGAGACCUUAAGAUGGGAGUACCUAUCUCUAAAGCCAUUGCAACAGCAAAUAGUUUUAUGAAUCCAAUUCUGUAUGUGUUUAUGGGCCAAAAUGUUAAGAAGACACUUUUGUCACGCUUUGAAAAUGUUUUCAGUGAAGAUACUGCUCAGUCACGUACUAGCAGUCAAAGGGUAUCAAAGUUUUCUUCUAAUACAUAUAGAGAAACAAUAAAACUGUAGUCCUGAAGACAGUCAAGAUCAUUUAUCAACAAAUCUGACCAGGAUUUCUUGUAAAAAAAAGUUUUUGCUUUGUAAAUAAAAUGAACCAUGUCAUCUCAA